AUGAUGAAAAGCAAUGAAACUAGAGGCAAUAAAUGGCUUCAAUCUUUAUAUGAGAAUCGGAAACGGUGGGCUCCAGUUUAUCUGAAGGAAAUCUUCUUGGCAGGAAUGUUUCCAAUUCAACCAAGUGAUGUUGUAUCAUUUUUCUUUGACGGGUACCUAAACGAACAAACUUCUCUAAAAGCAUUUUUAGAAAAAUAUGAUCAGAUUUUACAGACAAAGCGACAACUUGAGGCUUUGGCAGAUUUGGACUCAAAAUCUUCUAGCUUUGUGCCAAAAUCAAGGUCUUACUUUGAGUUACAGGUUUCAAAGUUAUACACCAAUGAAACAUUAAGAAUGUUUGAAAGGGAAGUGAAAGGGAUGUUUUCUUGCUUUAACUCCAGACAGAUAAAUGCUGAUGGACCAGUCGUCACAUACAUUGUCCAGGAACAAGUUGAAGUUGAGGGAAAUCAGAGAGAUGCAAGAGAUUACGAGGUGUGUUAUAAUGAAGCUGAAAUGGAGGUCCUUUGCAUCUGUGGUUUGUUCAAUUUCAGAGGCUGCUUGUGUAGGCAUGCUUUAUUUAUCUUAAGCCAAAAUGAGAUAAAAGAGAUCCCAGCUCAGUACAUUCUUUUACGAUGGAGAAAAGGUAUGAAGCGUGGCAAUGUAGAUGAUCACAACGGUAGUGGCAUUGAUUUUAGUAAUCCAGUUCAUAGGUAUGACCAUUUGUACAGGACAGGCUGUGAAGGUUGUAGAGGAAGGUAA